UUUCUAUCCCAAGCGCCCAGGUGAGUCGAUCACCCCAGCAAAACGAGCGGUCAUAUCUGAUUUUUUUCAUGGUAUAAUUAUGUCAUGUGCAACAGCUAAGCAUUUUCACAGCCGUGUCCAAGAUGUUGCAUAGAACAGAGUAUGCUUGACAACGUCGGGGAUAGAAAAUACUAGCUGUGCUCCGACGCUCUUGAUUGCCCAUCUAUCUCUGUAAGACCUGCCCUCGCUAGACCCCAAUAAGCUUGCCUAGCGCCAUGCCUACAGACUAUUCUGAUAUUCUACUGCCUCUUCGCCAAACCUGUGAUCGAUGUCGCGAGUUAAAAGUUCGAUGUAAGAGAAGCUCGCCAUCUAAUAUCCUUGAAGACGAUUCUUUAACGUGCUGUAUACGAUGCACCCGAGCCGGUGCCAACUGCACGUAUAGUCCACAGCAACGCAGCGGCCGGCCACCUCUUCCGAGAAACGGAAGACCCUUCUCAUCCCCAUCGGCACGAAGAAAACACCGACAGAGUAUUCAAACCAACGUGACCCCGCCGUUAACAGCUUCAUCCGACGCUCAUAGCGAAGUCUUCCCCCAGUCUAAUGAGCCCCUCGGCCUUGAGCAAAGUUUGAUCUCACUUCAACCGUUGAUCACACCAGAACAUAGCGAGGCACCAGCGGUUGGGGUGAACAAUGGAAUUGAGCUAGAUGAUGCAUUUUCCAGUGCAUUCGAUACUGGUGAUCAAGAUGCAUUUUUCGACCUGACUCUUGGAGGCGAUGACAGCUCGAACUUCAACUACGAUGGUGGCAAAAGGUUUAGUACAUCGGCUCCAGAUCUACUGGUACAACCCCCGGACGAAUCCGUGUCAGAUCCGACAGAAACCAGCAUAAGAGAACUAGCAGAUCUCGACCUUCGCAUAUAUCGUGCGGGUCGGGAUUUAUGCAAUCGCUCUACUUCAUCAUCUGCCCGGUCUCCACCGCCGGAAGAGUUAAUCGACUUCACUCGCACCCUACUCAGAAUACUUAAUAGAGUCGUCGCAAGCACUAAAGAUCAAGGGCAACUGCCCUUAGAUUUCUCACCAUCCGACCUUGGGGACCAAUCUCGACGCUCUUCGACCUCAUCCUCAUUCUACCUUGAUGGCCCGUCGACUGUACGUGACACCACGGAUACUAGCACUGCAUUAACGGUGUUGGCGUGCUACCAACGCCUUCUAGAUUUAUUCCAAGGCGUGUGUCACGUCAUCCACCCCCACUUAGGACCCAGGCCGCCAGAGCCAGGUAUAAAUAUAGACGAAAAAGAUGGACGAAGGGGCUCAGCACAAGCACCGAACGCCCAAGUUGUUAUGCUAGUGGAGCUCAUGACUCAUCUGCUGGACAGACUUGAUCGUGGCCAGUACCAACUAGCAACAGCUUUAAGGAGGAACUCAGAGUCUAUUACCCAGUCUUCAUCAUUCGUGUCUCCGAACUCCAGCUUCCCUGAAACCCCGGCUUUUACAUAUGGGGCGCGUAUGGGGCCCCAUGACGAGUCAACAAAUCAUCAUAAUAUUGACAGAAUGGAGGAUGGAACCGGUCGGAAUAGGCCGCGCGCCUGUACCCAGGUGGCCAAGUGUGUGGUUGACGUGAUGGUGCAGAAGCAACUCGGGCUUCAGGAGCAAAUUCAAGGAAUAAGGCGUUUAAUGUGGAAUUUAGAUGGUAUUUAGGCAACUUCUUGCAUUUAAUCACUAUUCCAUGGAUGUUAUUCUGGGUUUAGGCGUAAUCCGUCAGCUCGUAAGCCCUAGUUUGGCUCGGGUCCUUUCCGAGAUCUA